AUGUGGUAUAGCAUAUCUUUGCACACAGCUUUUGUUUUGAGGCCGCAUACUUUUCCAGAGUUGAAAAAUGAUGCUUUUGUUAAAGCUGCAAGAGGUGAAGAAACAGAUUACGUCCCUGUCUGGUGCAUGAGACAAGCAGGAAGGUACCUUCCAGAAUUCCGAGAAACACGAGCAGGGCAGGACUUCUUUGUGACGUGUCGAACACCAGAAAUCUGCUGUGAGCUGACACUACAGCCUCUGAGACGGUUUCCAUUUGAUGCUGCUAUAAUUUUCUCUGACAUCUUGGUGGUACCGCAGGCACUGGGGAUGGAAGUUACUAUGGUACCAGGAAAAGGACCAACAUUCCCAGAACCGUUGAAGGAACCCGAGGACCUAGUCAAACUCUGUCAGAGUGUAGAUGUGAAUGCAGAACUUGGGUAUGUGUUUAGUGCCAUUACACUGACAAGACACAAGCUGGAAGGGAAAGUGCCUCUCAUAGGAUUCUCUGGAGCACCGUGGACUCUAAUGACCUACAUGAUUGAAGGUGGAGGCUCCAACACAAUGUCAAAAGCUAAACGUUGGUUGUAUCAAUAUCCUGAGGCAAGCCACAAGUUACUGACUCUCUUGACUGAUGUUAUUGUAGACUACCUUGUUGGACAGGUGGCAGCUGGUGCACAGGCUUUGCAGGUAUUCGAGUCGCAUGCUGGGUAUUUAGGAGCCAUGCAGUUCAAUGAGUUUGCAUUGCCAUACAUUCGAGACAUUUCAAAGAGAGUGAAGGCAAAACUGAAGGCGUCCAGCUUACCCACAGUGCCAAUGAUCGUCUUUGCCAAGGAUGCACAUUAUGCCAUAGAGGACCUGUCUCAGUCAGGAUAUGAGGUUGUAGGCUUAGACUGGACAGUCUCUCCCAAAGUUGCCAGGGAAAAGGCAGGAAAUAGCAUUACUCUUCAAGGUAACAUGGAUCCUUGUGCAUUGUAUGCACCCAAGGAGAAAAUUGGAGAAAUUGUUAAGAAGAUGAUUGACGAUUUUGGGACCCAGCAUUAUAUUGCAAACUUAGGACAUGGACUGUAUCCUGACAUGGACCCUGAUCAUGUGGGAGCAUUUGUGGAAGCUGUUCACAAUCAUUCACGUCACACUGGCAAAAACUGACUUAACAUUCCUCUAGCACAGUGGCCACCUCAAAACUGAAUGAAGGAAGAAAUCAUGUAUAUCUGUUUUUUGGAGGUAACAGGACAAUCAGAAAACAGUAAUUCUUCAUGUGUUCUGCAAUACUGCACAAGGAUGGAGAUUAAAUUAAAACCGUAUGCUUGUAAUAAAAAACUUGAAACAGUU